CAACUGCCAUUGGCCCAUUUUUGCGCGCGAGCUCUGAUUAGGGAUUGUUUUCACGGCGACUUGCUGGCAGUGUUAGGAAAGUGUGAGUUAUCAAGUUAAAUGUCACUGACCGUAGCAUAAAUUCCACCAGUGUUUUUGGUAAACUGCAACGGAAUGAUAAAAGCCUCGUAACUUAAUGUGGAUUUCCGGUGAAAAAUUAAAUGUUAAAGUCGCAGCGUCGUUAGUCAAACAUGUUUUUUGAGACCACGUCCACACAGUGAAACAGAUAUUUGGUCAACGCUUUUGAGUUUAAAGAUGGAGCCAUAUGGCAGGCUUCUAGAACGUUUCACCCAUUGUCAACGCUUACUCCUCCAUCCUCUGAUGAUUUCCUGCUCAGGUGCCAGUUUGGCAUAUCAAAUGUUUGAACAUCAGCGUUCAAGGAAUGAGGAGCUGGCAAACUUCAGCUGGCGAAGCUUUGUGGAUGUUCUGACCCAAGAUGAGCCAUGUGUAAAUCAGGAAGAAAAUCGCCUAACUUUAAAGCCUUUGAUCUGCCAGCUCCCGCUUGUGUUUAAGAGAAACCUGUUAGCUUUAAUACAGAUGAUUAGAACAAUCUUCCCAGAGGACUGUCUUCAUGAUUUAAUUUGUGCUAUCCAAAAAGAUAACAUUUCUGAUUCCUGGGUUCAUGCUAUAUUAGAGGCAAUUAAGUGGGAUCUUGAAAUGGCUUCUUCAAUGACAACUACAAUGACCGCAGUUGGCUUACGUGCCCUAACAGAAAAUGGUCAGCAUCGAGUGGCUAAGAUUUGUGAGAGAAUAAUGGAAGGAAAAAAAAGCAAUGGAAGAUGGAUGAACAUGUUUCAUGAAAGGUUGUCAAGCCCUUUUACUUUAGAUGUACAACAUCAGGAAAAUCAAAAAAAGAGAAAAAGCAAUUCUGUUUGUAUGAGCCAGGGAAGGGCUACUGAUAGUGAGGAAGAGGGAAGCCAGAUGAAAAAGCAGAAGCUGUACCAUUCUUUUGUCAAAUUGGAUGACAGCAAGCACGAAGAGGUUCAUAUGGCGGAAAUGCUGGUUUCUGAAGCUCAGGAUGACUUUCUCCAAGUUACAGAGUAUUCAGUUUCUUCAAUUGUUAAUGAUGCCAGGCCAAACGAGGCGGUUCAGACUGCUGGAGAUGAUCACUUAAGACAGAGCACCCCAAGGCCGCCAUCUUUAGCAUCAGGAAGUUGUGAAGACCUCCCAGACAGAAUACAGUUGUAUGUUCCAAGAAUCAAAGAAUUGAUUGAAACAAAUUUGGAGAAGCUGGAUUUGAUCUCGCCUGAGGAUUUGCGUAUUUUCAAUGAGUGUAAUCCUGUUCAGUUGGGACUACUUUGUAAGGCUCUGGGUCUCUCUGAUGUACCUGAGCAGGUGUUGCCACAGUUCUGUAGCCAAUUGCUGGCGAUAGCCACAGAUCUCAGCUAUAGUUCUGCAACUGUUCUUGUCAGGAACCUCUUCCUUAAUAAGGUGUUGACCCUCACAGAACCUGCCUCUCGAUUCCUUAUGGUAGCUUUGACAAUGUUCUGUGGCCACUACCCUCGACCCACCUGCUGCUCUAUAAUCAGCCCUGUAUUGCAAGCAGAUAACAAAGGGACUAAUCAGAUGGAACUUGUUUGCAAACUGAUAAUGGAGUGUUUAGAGCCUGAAUACAACAUUUUAGUUUUUGAGCAGGUACUGACUAUAACAUGGAAUGAAGAGGUUUUGUCUGUGGUUCAUUCCUUGUUGGAUAGAAAGGUGGAGCCGAGUUCCUCGCUACUUGACCAGAUUAUCAAUAAGUUUGGCCAAGAAGCAUCUGGUUUUAGCAAGUCAAUGAAGUUUGCAAAGAUGCUGCUGACCUUUCUAACAAAGUACCACAGUAAAGUAACUGUGGCACAUAAAAACACAUUGUCACAUGUGUUGAUGUUGAAUGAAACAUUCUUGAAGAAGUCCUUACUGGCUGCCCUUAAACGGAUUUCUACAAGUUGACCUGUAUGUCAUGACGGACUUGUAUGCAUCUCAGUAUGAUGGAGUGAUCUGGAAGAGUGAGAAGUCACAAAUAUUAAAGAAAAAAAAUGCAGUACAAAAAUGGUACUUUUCAUUAGGUUUUAAAUUAUGUCCAUCUAAGCAAAAGUGGUAAUUUAAAAAAAAAAAAAAA